AUGAACGAAACCGGUAGUAAACAGGAUUUAAUGUGGAACGAACAAAUCGACAUUUCAACUCCGGACACUGCGACUGCAGUCACCACCACCACUACUCCACUACUGCCUGAGGAGGAUUCCGAAGGCCCCCAAAAGUCAAUAUUUUCAAAUCCUGUAUCAUCUGGGGAUUUGUUGUCUCCUUCCGCACCGGCCUCAAUGUUUUUGCCCGACUUUGCACGGUUUCCUUUCCCCUUACCCUCACUGGCUGAUUUUUACAAUCUCCCCACAAAUCCGAUGGCUGGAUUACUCUUAGCCCAAGUUGGUGCUGCGGCUCUGAAUUCCUUGAACCAAAGCACCCCGAUUUCAAGCCCGUCGGUAGGAGGACUCGAACAUAGAAGCUCGCGAAACAUGUUCAGUAUUGCCAGCCACAUUAGAGAGGAAGUGAAUGAAGGAGAAAAUCGGAAAGGGAAAGACGAAGAACGAGAAACAAGGAAGGUCGAAAGAAGUGGGAGCAAUAAUGGAUCUCGUAAGUCGGAGAGUUUUUAG